UGUGCAUUUCCGGCGCCUCCGGAAGUGGCGUGAGCGCCAGGCCCAGGCAAAGGCGGAAGCGGAGCCUCUCCGCCCUAGUCGAUUCGUCGCCGGUUCUCUGUCCAUGGCCGCUUACUCCUACCGCCCGGGCCCCGGCCCAGGUCCCGCUGCGGGCGCUGCGCUGCCAGACCAGAGCUUCCUGUGGAACGUCUUCCAACGGGUUGAUAAAGAUAGGAGUGGGGUGAUAUCAGACAACGAACUUCAGCAAGCAUUGUCCAAUGGCACAUGGACUCCGUUUAAUCCAGUGACCGUCAGGUCAAUCAUUUCUAUGUUUGACCGGGAGAACAAAGCUGGUGUUAACUUCAGCGAGUUUACGGGUGUGUGGAAAUACAUCACAGAUUGGCAGAAUGUCUUCCGCACCUACGACAGGGACAACUCGGGGAUGAUCGACAAGAACGAGCUCAAGCAAGCACUCUCAGGUUUUGGCUACCGGCUCUCUGACCAGUUCCACGACAUCCUCAUCCGCAAGUUUGACAGACAAGGACGAGGGCAGAUCGCCUUUGAUGACUUCAUCCAAGGCUGCAUUGUCCUGCAGAGACUGACAGACAUAUUCAGACGCUAUGACACGGAUCAGGACGGCUGGAUUCAGGUGUCUUAUGAGCAGUAUCUCUCCAUGGUCUUCAGCAUCGUAUAACACAGGCCUCACAAAUACUAGCACCAUGUACAAGAAGAUGGAAAAUGCCAAAUCCCUUACCUGUCAUGACAUGGGACAUGGACAGUUACAUGCUGUUUUUCCGUAGGCUCUGUGUAAUUAAUAACAGGAGGACCAGCUGUACAUAUGUGAGUAACUGAUGAGUGCUCUUGCAUUGCUGUAGUAGCUGCAUUGCUGUCAUAACAGACCUUGGGCUGUGGCUCAUUGUGCCAUGUGGCGAGACGCAGUCAAGGUUCAGAUUUCUGCUUGGGGAAAUGCACCCUAUGCUUUUUUAGACAUCUUCAGUUGUGCAGUGGAAAUGCUUUUAUUAGCCAGUAGGACUUAAAAAUACAGAAUUUGCACAGAGGCUUUUCAUGUGCCUUACUUUUUUAAAAAAAGAAAUUGUGUUCCCUGGGAUAUGCAACAUGAGCAAUAAAGCAAUGGUACAGA